AUGCCCGCCGACCAGGUUAAUUCUGUUGAAAUGGAUAAUGAACUCUAUGAAUCGGCCGAAGAUGAAGAUUUCCAGCUGGAUGGUGCUGAGGACGACUCUGAUUUGUCGGAUUCCGACAACGAGACUGUCGAACCCGCCAAGAAGAAGCGCAAGACUGAUAAGAAAGCCGAGAUACUCGACGAGGAGCUAGACUCAGGCGAUGAAAUCACCAUUCGCAAGGCGCGCGACAAACGAAGGAAGAGGAAGGGAAAGAAGGGCAAAGAUGACGAAGAUGACCUCGACCUGGACGAUGAUGAAGGGGGAGCCGGUGGUUUCGUGCGAACACGCGCGAUGAAGGCGCAAAUACAGGAAGAGCAGCGCAAACCGCUGGCGAAAAUCGACGGCGCGACUAUCGAUGUGGACUCCCUCUGGGAGCAAAUGAAUGCUCCCGAAAGCCAAAUGGGCCUCACGCCAUCGCAACCGCAGGCGCAGGCGCAGCAGGAAAUUACCCCGGCUCCAGAACCUGCGAAAACGAGCACCGAGGACCCGAGGCCUCCAAAACCGCACGAUAAUGCGCGCCAUGGCCAAUACGAGCAGCAGAUGAUCAAGAUUAAGCGGACCUACAAAUUUGCCGGCGAGAUGAUAACAGAAGAGAAGACUGUUCCCAAAGACUCCGCCGAAGCCAAGGUGUUUCUAUCAUCGGGGGAGAACGUCGAGCUCACUGAAGUGGACGGCAUCCCAAGCCGCAACCUGCGUCGCCCGCUACGCAAGAUCUCCCGAUUCGAUCCCAAUCCGACCGGCACAAUCAAAAAGAACUGGGAGAAGCAGGUCGUGGAGGCAGACAAGGACGCAAGUGGACCCAAAAUCAAUACUGUGGAAAAAUCCCGUCUCGACUGGGCGCAAUAUGUGGAUGAGGCCGGUAUCAAAGACGAACUUCGCACCGCAUCCAAGGCAAAGGAGGGGUAUAUUGGUCGUAUGGACUUCCUGGGUCGUGUGGAUGCAAAGAGAGACGAAGAGGCACGCCAGGCACGGCUCAAGGGCAUGUGA